AUGAGAAUACCGUCAUGUGCGAUCAACGGUGCCUUCAAGAGAUACGCGCUUGCCAUUGUCCUGGUCUUUGCCCUGGAAAUCUGGUUCCACCUGUCGAGCUCAUCAACACAGCAGCCACUGAUACACAUCAAGGCACCGCAUCCUGGUUGCCAUGCAGUGGAACAGUCUCCGGAUCACGCUCCAGCAAUCGCUCGACAGAACGCUACCAUCCUCAUGCUCGCUCGGAACAGCGACCUGGACGAAACUGUGGAUGCCCUGAAGUCUUUCGAAUCACAGUUCAACCAUCGCUAUAACUAUCCGGUCGUAUUCCUCAAUAACGAACCAUGGACCGACGAGUUCAAGCAAGGAGUAUCAGGCAUCGUCAGUGGUCAAUCCAUCUUCGACACCAUCUCCUCGGACAUGUGGGGCUAUCCAGACCAUGUGGAUCAAGAAGCUGCGCGAGCAAGCAUCAAAGAGCAAGGAUAUAGGGGCAUCAUACACGCGGGACAAGAAAGCUAUCAUCAUAUGUGUCGCUUCUAUUCCAUAAAGUUCUACGACCACCCUGCUAUGCAGCCCUUCAAAUGGUAUUGGCGCAUGGAGCCAGGUAUCUCCUUCGAGUGCCCCAUCAAUUUCGACCCCUUCGAAUACAUGUCGCGCGAGAACAAACGAUACGCAUACGCGAUCGCAUUACAAGAGGUCGGAUCUACAGUCCGCAGUCUUUACAGAGCUGUGAGCGACUACAAGGAUCAGAUGCACAUAAGAGCUUCGAGAUAUUGGGACGCCUUGAUAGAUCCGUCUUGGGCCCCAUUCCCAAUUCGGUGGCUGUUGCGUCUUGCGCCGUACCGGGAUAUUCACGGCGAUGAGUGGAAUCUCUGCCACUUCUGGAACAACUUCGAGCUCGCGGACUUGGACUUCCUCCGCAGUGAUGAGCACAGACAUAUGAUGGAACAUCUCGACAAACUCGGAGGCUUCUACUCCGAGCGCUGGGGUGACGCUUCAGUGCGUUCAUUUGCUGCCACUUUGCUAUUGAAACCAGAAGAGAUACAUUACUUUGGCGAUGAUAUCUGCUACUGCCAUGGCGACUUCUGCUCGCCGGGUAUCAACUUGCUCACAGCAGACCAGGCAUGCCCAGUCGCAGAGCCUGUACAAGAAAAAGACAAGAAAGGCAAGUUCAAUGAGAUGUGCCAUGCGAGGUUUAGGAAAGCACACGUGCUAUGA